AACCCAGGCACCGUAUUUAUGCAGCCUCGUCAUAUCUCUUCUGUUCACUGCUUAUCGCACGAAGAUACUGAUACUGUGCUACAGGCAUGAUGCAGUGGACGAGACACUGCCACUUGUCGGACGUGCUUGAGAUUGACCAGUCAAUGCCAUUCUCGAUACGGGUCCUAUGAAACAGGACAGCUAUCACAAUGAACGGCACCACGACUACCAUUGACGACGUGCAAUCUGUGCCCGUGUCCGAUGAUGAACACCAUCAGGGCAAAUACUCACCCUUGAGUCUCCAGAAAGCACUUGAGGCCUUGCACCAGGAUGGCCUCGUCCUGCUCAAAGGCGUCAUCGACGUCAAGCAUAUCCAAGCAUUGAAUGACAAGAUGUGCGCCGACGCCGAACUCAGAAGGACCGAUCCAAAUCAAGUAUACAAUCAUGGCGUCAAAUCCAAUUUUCUUCAACGACCUCCUGUCACAGACGCCUCGUAUCUGUUCGAAGACGUCUACUUCAACCCUUUUCUUCUGCAGGUGGCCAACGCCUAUCUCGGCCACCGCCCUAUCUGGAACUGGCUAACGUCCAACACCGCAUUAUCUCACACGUCCGGUCUCCGCCAACCACCUCACAAGGACUGCGCUUUCGCUCACCCACAGUAUCCAUACUACUUCAUCGCCAAUAUUCCCCUGUGCGAAUUCAGCAUUGACAACGGAACCACGGAGUUCUGGCUCGGCUCGCAUGCCCACGCUUCAUGGCGUGAACAGGUCAUCGCCACGGAUCCGGAGCAGGUUGUCGAGUACGGACGCCUGGGCGAGCCGCUACCACGCAUCAAUGAAGAAGCUAAGGAGGCGCGUCGCAGGGUGCGCCCGCCUGUACAACCUGCGUGCUGUCCUGGCGAUAUCAUGAUUCGAGAUCUGAGGCUGUGGCACGCUGGUAUGCCGAACGGAACGGACACGCAUCGCAUCAUGAUCGGGCUGGGAUAUCAGAGUCCAGUCUAUCCAAACCACAGUAUGCGGUGCCAUUUGCCUGCUAGUCAAAAGCGCUUCUUCUCGGGGUCAACCUCGGAUAUGGUCGAAGUGAUGGCGAGUUUCUAUGAUGAUGAGGAGUUUCAGAAAUUGACCAAGGAUGCUAUUUUUGAAUUAAGACCGGAUUACUUGGAGUAAAAUAGUAAAGGAAGCGUGGAGUCAUGGGCUCUGGUAGAGGGCCUGCUGGGCCUUGAAUAUCAUUUUGGCCGUCUUUCUUCAAGAUGUGCUAUUCAUACAGUCAUCGCUCAGUUUUC